ACUAAAUUUUCACACGACAAAACCCUUUCUCAUCUUCUCAUUAUUAAUCACUGAAACGCCUCUCAAAUUCAAUGGCUUUCAACAUGAGAAAAAAUCUACUUACGUUUGCUCUUCUGGGACUUUUUUCCUUGGCUAUUGUUCCUAAAAAUGUCAUGUCCCAAAACUGUGACUGUGCUCCCAACUUGUGUUGCAGUCAGUUUGGUUACUGUGGCACCGGCGAAGCCUACUGUGGAUUGGGGUGUAAGGGGGGUCCUUGCACCUCGACGCCAUCGACACCGUCACCUACACCAACCGGUGGUGGUUCAGUUGCCAGUAUUGUUACGGCUGAUUUCUUUGAUGGGAUAAAGAAUCAAGCUGCUGCAAGCUGUGCUGGAAAGAGCUUCUACACAAGAGAUGGAUUUCUUAAUGCAGCCAAUUCGUUUCCUCAGUUUGGAUCAGGCUCUGCCGACGAAUCCAAGCGUGAGAUUGCUGCAUUUUUUGCCCACGUUACUCAUGAAACUGGACAUUUAUGCUACACCGAAGAGAUUGACAAGUCAAAUGCCUACUGUGACCAAUCAAACACACAGUACCCAUGUGUCCCCGGAAAGAAGUAUUACGGGCGUGGACCGAUGCAGCUCACCUGGAACUACAACUACGGUGCCUGUGGAACAGCCGUCGGGUUCGAUGGACUCAACGCUCCCGAAACAGUGUCUAAUGACCCUGCUGUCUCCUUUAAGGCUGCCUUGUGGUUCUGGAUGACCAAUGUUCACUCAGUCAUGAACCAAGGCUUUGGGGCUACCAUUCAGAAAAUUAAUGGCGCUCUUGAAUGCGGUGGAAAGCAACCUGAUAAAGUUAAUGCUCGUAUUGGUUAUUACACUGAUUAUUGCCAGAAAUUUGGUGUUGAUCCCGGCCAGAAUUUGUCCUGCUAGAUGAUUCAAUUUCAGAAUUUGUACUGUUAUUUUAUAUGCUUUGCAGCGAAAUAAUGUUCUUGUUUCAUAAAGUUGUUCAAUAGAACAACUUAUUUGAGUGAACAUCUGUUGGAGUUCUGUUACUCGAACGAAAUAAAUGAAACAAAGAGAAAUUAUGAA